AGCCGACAUGCUGGCCGCUGCUUUUGCCCGUCUGCCACAGAAGGUAGUGUGGCGCUACGCUGGGACGCCACCUCCAAGUCUGGGGCCAAACACCAAGACCAUGGAGUGGGUGCCUCAAAACGACUUGCUAGCUCAUCCCAAGACAAAGGCGUUUGUAUCACAUUGUGGAUACAAUGGAGUAGCAGAGGCUAUGUACCACGGGGUGCCCCUGGUCGGCAUGCCUCUGUUCGCCGAACAAUUCGAUAACAUUGCCCGGAUGGUGGCCCGUGGGAUGGCGGUGUCAUUGGACAUCCACACGGUGACGUCAGAGGAGGUUUCCCAGGCCAUCACAUCUGUUAUUUCGGAUCCUAGCUACAAGGAGAAGACCAAUCUGAUCUCCACGCAUCUUCGUGACCAACCACAGUCACCCAUGGAGCGGGCAGUAUGGUGGAUAGAACACGUCAUCAAACAUGGCGGCCUCCCCCAUCUCAGGUCGAGGGCACCCGAACUCCCAUUCUACCAGUACUACCUGCUAGACGUUAUUGCCCUGAUUGUUGCAGUUAUAUCUGCUGUAUUGUUGUCUUGUUGGAAGUGCUGUUCGUUUGCAUGUGGCAUGUGCAACAGGGGUAUGACUACCACCAAGCUGAAACGUAAUUGACUGUCAUCAAGAAAAACAUAACGUAUCGAUAACAAUAGAUUAACGAUGAAUACAGAGGCAUCUCGAAAAUGAAUAUGCGGUUUUAAAUGCUAUGCCAAGUAAACUUAUUCAUGUUGUCAAGCUGUGCACGUUAUCUAUGAUCAGUGUACGUCUUCGGCAAAACAUUGCCUUCAUUAUAAAAUCCAAGCGGUCA